CUUCGCUGUUUGCGCUGACAGGACGCAAGGAGUUAGCUGUCGCAGUCGUUGUGGUUUUGUGCAAUGGCCUUCGUAUUCAGAGGACAAAUAAAAUCCAAUUGGAACGUAGUGCAAUAAUCAGUGUAAUUUUUUAACGCGGAAAUUAAGAACUCCAUUGUGAUCUAGAAUUUCUGUGCGUGUUUUGGAAAAUUUUUGUGAAAUAUAAUUUGUAUUUGAGAAUCUGGAAUUUGUUACUUCGAAUGUGGCCAUCCUUGGCGACAAGUCUAAAUGAAAUUCAAAGAUCAAAUUGGCUGAUGUGGGUGAAAUAGUCGUCGCCGCCGCCGCUUUUCUAGUUGCUGUUUCUGAUUUCAUUGACUCGUACGUUGAAGUACGCCCAAAAACAAUAACAAAACACAACAGAAAUAUUGUAUAAAACAAGAAUAUAUUGAAGUAUGCAGCAACAAAUGUGAGCAUAUAGUGGUAAUACACCACAUUCAAAUUAUUAUUAAUUAAAUGAAAUGUGCAAAUGCAUGAUGUGCGACCGCGAGCAAAUAGUGUUAUUACUAUAGAGAAAAGGCAAUAAUUGUUUACGUGAUGAUUUGUUGAAAGAGUAGUCGAGACCGUGCAAUAAUUCCAUAGCAUACAUAUACUCGUGCAUGUUCUCCUUAGUAUCCGCUAUAGUUGAAUUGAGCUACAUAUAGUAUAUACAUAUGUAUGUCGCAAAUCUUUAUAAACUCCAGCGCGCAUCUGUGAACAAAGACCCACCAUAUCUAUAAUCCCAGCAAUAAAAUUUAGAAAAAGUGCACGCGUUUAUCAGCCUGCCAGUGCAGGAAGUAGUGGUGGAGCAAACAGUUAUAAACAUUAUUCAAUUUAAUCUACAGUGAACCCAGCAACGUAUCCAUGGCAAACAACAGCAAUAGUAGUGGUGGUGGUGUCAGUGGCGGCGUCUUAGGGGCUGCCGGCGGUGGUAGUGCUGGCGGCAACAAUGAUUUGUGGCGCGAGUGUGUUGCUUGGCUGACGCGUUGUAAAAUCAUACCACCAGAUCACAAAGCGAACUGGCCAGACUCAGAAAUACGCGUCCUUGCGUUGACGCUACGUGAUGGUGUUUUGCUUUGCAAUUUGGUCAUUUAUUUGGAUAGUAAUAGCAUGGAUCCGCGCGAUUUUAAUCGCAAACCGCAAAUGGCGCAGUUUUUAUGCUGCAAAAAUAUAAAACUUUUUCUGGAUGUUUGCCGCAAUCAUUUUGGACUACGCGAUUCUGAUCUCUUUGAGCCUACAAUGCUGUACGAUUUGAUUAAUUUCCAUCGAGUGCUGAUAACACUUUCCAAAUUAUCGCAAUGCCGCAAAGUACAACAACUGCAUCCGGACCUAAUAGGCUUCAAUAUUCAACUAUCGCCCAGUGAACGCUCCCACUCCGAUGAGGCCAUUUACAAGGAUCUGCACUCGACUACCACCGACAAUAAUGCAUGUCACAAUGAUCAUAUAAACACCAAAGAAGAGGAGGUCUACCAAGACUUGUGUGCUUUACAAAGGUCCAGUAGAAGUCAGAUCUCUUCGGCGACCAGUUUUGAGCAACGCGAUUAUGUCAUACGCGAACUGAUCGAUACCGAAUCGAAUUAUUUAGAUGUACUGAAUGCGUUAAAGGCAAAAUUUAUGGCGCCACUCGAACGUUACCUUAACCCAGAAGAGAUUAGGCAAAUAUUUCCACGCAUACGUGAACUGGCUGACAUACAUACAAAGUUUCUCGAAAAACUGCGCGAUUCUCUAUUGCCCAAUACCAAACUGAAAAUGAGCCAGGUAUUUUUGGAGUUUCGUGAACCAUUUCUACUCUACGGCGAUUACUGUUCAUGUCUGUUGGGAGCCAUCGAUGCGUUGGCUGAUGUAUGCAAGAAGAAUCAGAUUAUAGAGCAACUUGUGCAGCAAUGCGAGCGAGAAUAUAAUGUGGGUAAAUUGCAACUGCGCGAUAUUCUUUCCGUGCCUAUGCAGCGAAUUCUCAAGUACCAUCUACUAUUAGAUAAGCUAGUCAAAGAAACCUCACCGGUGCACGAAGAUUAUCGCGCAUUAGAGCGUGCCAAAGAGGCAAUGAUUGACGUGUCUCAAUAUAUCAACGAAGUGAAACGCGAUUCUGAUCACUUAGUGAUCAUACAGAAAGUUAAAGACAGCAUAGUCGAUUUGCAUCUCUUACCAAAUGGUAGCAACGAUCUCCUACAAUAUGGCCGUCUGCUGUUGGACGGUGAAUUGCAUAUAAAAGCGCAUGAAGAUCAGAAGACGAAGUUACGCUAUGCAUUCGUUUUCGAUAAAAUACUGAUUCUGGUAAAGCCAUUGCAUGCAAAGAUGGGCGACAUGCAGUAUACAUAUCGCGAUUCGCAUUACCUCUCUGAUUAUCGGGUGGAACAGAGUCAUACGCGGCGUACCUUGGGUAGGGAUACACGUUUCAAGUGCCAGCUACUGUUGGCGCGCAAAUCUGGCAAAACAGCUUUUACGCUCUAUUUGAAAUCGGAACCGGAACGAGAUAAAUGGCGCAAAGCGCUCACUGAGGCGAUGGAGAACUUGGACCCACCUGGUUGUCGCAAUACAGACCACAAAAUGGAAAUUUUCACAUUUGAUGUACCCACAACAUGCCGGCAUUGUUCAAAGUUUCUAAAAGGCCGAAUACAUCAGGGGUAUCGUUGCAAAGUAUGUGAAAUUGCUGUGCACAAAGGUUGUAUAUCGUCAACAGGCCGUUGCAAGCAAAAUCCUCUCAGCAUACCGCCUCCAGUUUGCGAUCGUCAGCUCGCAGGGUUUAAUUGGUUUGUCGGCACAAUGGAUCGCGAAACGGCUGCUUCCCGCUUGGAAAACCGUCGUGUCGGCACUUAUUUGCUGCGUGUGCGACCUCAAGGUGCAUCCAAUUCGCACGAGACUAUGUAUGCGCUGAGCUUAAAAACCGAUGAUCACAUCAUUAAGCACAUGAAAAUCAACCAAAAAACCGAAGGCGAUUCAAUACUCUACUGCCUCUCGUCGAGACGUCAUUUUAAAACAAUUGUCGAAUUAGUUUCGUACUAUGAACGCAACGAUUUGGGUGAAAAUUUUGCAGGUUUAAAUCAAUUGCUGCAGUGGCCUUAUCGCGAAGUGAUUGCCACCGCCGUUUAUGAUUUUGAUCCAAAUGGCAUAAAUCAGUUGCAGCUUAAGACUGGCUGUCAACUUCUGGUUAUUGGUAAGGAUGGCGAUAGUAAAGGCUGGUGGCGUGGAAAGAUUGGCGAUACGGUCGGCUACUUCCCUAAGGAGUACGUUCAAGAGCAUCCUCCGAUUAGCGACGAACUUUGAUAUUACAAUUAUGUAAUUUAUGUUGGGAACUCACUGGACCAACAUUCAAUUGCAUCGGAUAUUUCAAGUUUAGUGGACGAUAAUCUGUCGAUCAACGCUAGCUCUAGAGCUAUGGCGCCUAUUGCCGAGAACGAAUCACUCUGCUCUGGCGAAGAGUGUUAAACAAAAAGCAAAAAGCGAAAGCGAAGAAAUAAAAAGAAUAUAAAAGUGUUUAGAGUUGAAAAAGGAUAAGGGAAUGCCUUGAACAAAAGUCACAUUUCAUGUAUCAUGUAUAAGUAGCAGUGGCAAAAGUGCAUGUACAAAAACAACUAUAGCAUAAUAAUCUUAUUAAUAAUUGUGCCAAUAGCUUUUUUAUACAAUUUUAAUUGCGUAUUUUAUACAAUAUUAUUAUA